AUGCCACAAACCCAGACUCAGGAGACCAGAGCUCCUGUGCCACACAAGCCCAUUCAGCUCUCGAUGACCUCUCUCCAGAAUUCUGAGAGACUGCAUCAUUCGCAGAUCCGCCGCAUCUGCCAAAUCCACCCGGACAUCGGCAAUCUUUGCAUCAUGUGCGACCAGCCGGCCAACCCCGUCUACCAGUGCAGGGACUGCGAAGCCGCCCAAUAUUGCUCUUGGGGGUGCAAGGUCGACGACGCACAGCACCACGUACUUGUUUGUUCCCAAUGGCCGGGCUUCUCCGAGUCCCCGUCCCAAAGCAUGGCACGCAUGCUCGUCUUCCCAGCCCAGAGCACCACUCCAGUUUUUGCCUGGGCCCAGCUGAAGCACAUCGAAGGCGAAGCCAGCCCUCGACUCAUCAUUGAGCACCCCGAGUUCUCGGUCUUCACCGACCUCCUCUUCCCCAACGGCAUCGACACGUUCCCCCAAGCUGCCCGCAUGGGCUGCAUCAACGAGUGCCGGGCUCUGACAGCCCCCAAGUCUAAACAACAGAACCCCAAACCACGCAACGAGAAGCAUGUCUUUCGCACAUCUCCCCUCGGCCACGGCCUUUUCGUCCUCGAAUGGCUCCCGCCAAACUCAACCAACCUCGGCAUGGACUGGAUAAAUCGCUCGAUCCAGCACACCACCUCCCUCCCCGGCCUCCACAACAUGCAACCAGGCCACACCUGGCUCUGGACCGGCCCCAUCGCCAUUCUGUCUCUGGACGUGUCCCAGACCUACACCACCGCCACCCACACCUUCACCCUCGCCCACGUCACGAUGCGCGACGUGCGCCACGCCCUCGACUUCUUCACCCUGAACCUCCGCAACCCGGCCCUGCCCGCAGUCCCUUCGCCGGGGACGAGCCGGUUCCCUUACCCGAUUGCGCAAGGAAUCAAGGUCAACGAGGUCCACUCCCCCGUCGCCCGCGCGUUGGGAGUAACAGACUUGCUCGAGGAAGUCCACGUCAGCCGGGGCCUGCCGCCGACGAACUUAGCGCUGCAGGGCGUGUCGGUGCUUUGUGCGGCGCUGGGGCUGGCGUGGGUGGUGAGGGCGGUGCUGUGUCAUGGUGAGGAGUUGGAUUGGUCAUAUAGGGGUUUCUAUUCGGACCCUCCCUCGUUCUCUUCCUACCACACCGGUGCUACUAACAGCAAGGAAGCUGGUGAUGGUGAUGAGGAUGCGGAUGUAACCAAGAAAGGGAGCGUCAUCCCCGCCGUCAUCAACGUCGUCUACACGGCAGACAAUCACGAAAGCACAGCCGUCCCAGGCAAGAAAACACUGCCUCGAUCAGGAGACGGCAUCGUCCUCCUCAGCGCCAGCGGCAAACCACUCCUCAAGGAACACUCCCAAGCCCUGCUGCAGUUCAUCCAAGAGUUCCACAUUGAGGCCGACGACAAACGCACGUUCAAAUCAGAAGACUUCAAGCUGUUCUGGGCCAAGUUCAAAACCAAGCAAAAACUCCGGGCCGACGUGCCGUCGCCGUAUGAGGUGCACCCCUUGCUGUGCGAUGUCCGACCGGGUGACACGUUCGCCGUCUGCACAGACGUCUUCAGACUACUCUUGCGACGGACGCCGAACCUAAAGAUGUACGAUGACGGCUCCGUUACUUUUCAGACUCGGACACAGACCAGAUUCAAACGCCGUCUGGGCCGCUUCCGAUGA